AUGUCUAACCUCCGGGAUUUGAUAUCUAAAAAUCAAGAGCCUGCUGGGGAAAACCAGUUGGUGCUUGACCUCACGUAUGUCAUGGAAAGGAUUAUUGCAAUAUCCUUUCCAGCUGAGGGUCAUGAUGAUCUUUAUUGCUACACUCUUAAGGAAGUUGCCAACAUGUUGAAAACCAAGCAUGGAGACAACUACUUGGUCAUCAACCUUUCAGAAAAGAGGGAAGACUUGAUUAAAACAAAUCCACAAGUUGUUGAUUUUGGUUGGCCAGACCACUUGGCCCCACCCCUCGAACGUAUGUGUAGCAUCUGUAAGUCAAUUGACUCUUGGCUCAACUCUGACCCCCAACGUGUUGUGGUUAUCCACUGCAAAGGCGGCAAAGGAAGAAUUGCUGUUGUCACUGCUGCCUACAUGAACUACUGUAAUAUUUGUUCAAGCAAUGAUCAGGCAUUAGACAGGUUUGCCAUGAGGCGUUUCUAUGAUGAUAAACUGGGGGGCCUGCCCCAGCCAUCACAGAGAAGGUAUGUGCACUACUUCACUGGCCUGCUGUCUAGUGCCAUAACAGUCAACAGCGAGACUCUCUACCUUCAUCACAUCCUCAUCCAUGGGGUCCCAAACUUUGAUACAAAGGGUGGUUGUCGACCAUUCAUUAAGGUGUAUCAAGGAAUGCAGCCUAUGUUCACAUCUGGAAUUUACACCGUCACUGACAACAUGCAGAAGGUGUGGAUUUCCAUUUCACCUGGGAUCCCUCUCCGUGGUGACGUCCUCAUCAAAUGUUAUCACAAGAAACCACGUGGCAAUCACCGUGAGAUAAUCUGGCGCUGCCAGUUUCAUACCUGUGCCAUCUCAGAAAGUGGAUUAGUGUUCAGUAGACAGGAAUUAGACGAAGCUUGCAAUGAUCCACGAUUUCCUGAGAACGGAAAAGUAGAAUUUGUUUUCAGUCGUGAUGCUGAAGGACUUGUGAAAGUUUCUGUCUUUAUAUUCCCUUUUUUCCAAAAUUUUCUCAGUUUCUCUCCUGUUCAUUAUCUUUGA